AUCGGGGGUGGGGGGGCUCUGGGCUGGGAGAGGAGCCGCGGCAGCAGCGUUAGCACCUGGGAGUUCCCAACUUUCAUUUGCACCGGCUCCUUUUUGUUGAUUUAGAGGAGGACGGGUUCCUUCCUUUUUUAUACAUUUCCACCCCAUUUUGGGGGGUCUCUUCCUUUGGGUAGGUUUUUUUUGCGCUCCUCCCUCCACUUUUUUUGUUUUUUUUGGAGAGGGGCUUUUCCCAAGCAGGGCCGGCGCGCAAAGGCGGGAGGGCGAUGGAGAUGAAGAAGCGCAUCAACCUGGAGAUGAGGAAUCGGGCGCCCGAGAAGGUGGCUGAGCUGGUUCUGGACAAUUGCCGAUCUAGCAAUGGCGAAAUCGAAGGUCUGAAUGACACAUUUAAAGAGCUAGAGUUUCUCAGCAUGGCCAACGUGGAGCUGUCAUCACUCGCCAAGCUCCCCACUUUGACUAAGCUUCGAAAGCUGGAACUGAGUGAUAAUCUAAUUUCCGGAGGCCUGGAAGUCCUGGCAGAGAGAUGUCCGAAUCUCACAUACCUAAAUCUGAGUGGUAAUAAAAUCAAAGAUCUCAGCACCGUGGAAGCCCUUCAAAAUCUUAAGAAUUUGAAGAGUCUUGAUUUGUUUAACUGUGAGAUCACAAACCUGGAGGAUUACAGAGAAAGCGUGUUUGACUUGCUCCAGCAAAUUACGUAUCUAGAUGGGUUUGAUCAGGAGGAUAACGAGGCCCCCGACUCAGAAGAUGAAGAGGAUGAAGAUGGGGAUGAAGAUGAGGAUGAAGAAGAUGAGGACAAAGCUGGUCCCCCAGGAGAAUAUGAAGAGAAUGAUGAGGAAGACGACGAUGGCUCAGACUUGGGGGAGGGUGAAGGUGAAGAUGAGGAGGAUGAGGAAGAAGUGGGCCUCUCGUACUUAAUGAAAGAAGAGAUUCAGGAUGAAGAAGAUGAUGAUGAUUACGUAGAGGAGAAGGAGAAUGAAGAAGAAGAAGCCGAAGGCGUCAGAGGGGAGAAGAGAAAACGUGCAGCAGAAGAUGAGGGAGACGAUGACGACGAUUAAGUUGUAGGAAAAAAAAUAGGACCAGAUGCAUUUUUUUGUUGCAGGAUACGCAAUAGCGAUAUGCAGACUUGUAUGUCUCCAUGUAUCCUAGGUAUCCCUACAGAAGAUAUUAAUGUGUUAACUUUUUAUAGGAAGUGUGUUUUUACUAUUUUUGCCCUUUUUAUCAUUCCAACUAAGACAUAAUAGCCCACUCUGGAUCAUGUGCAGAGAGAACACUGUUCCAUCCCCUUUUAAUCACUGAACCAGUUGUCUCCCCCCACCAGCCCCCACCUCCCCAGAAACAUUUUUCUCCAAAUUCCCCCCCCCCUAUUUUUAUGUGAGCAUGCUGUUAGUUCUAGUAACAGUUAAAGCAAAACAUUUAACUAAUUUAAUCCAGACUUUUAAAGAUGGUUCAUUGAAGUAAGAGACAUUGCAGUGUGAUAAUCCAGCUUUUCCUUAGAGAGGCUUAUAUAUGAGGUGAACCGAAGGCUGUAUGAAGUCAAGAAUUUGGAUAAUAACAAUUGGCUUAUUUUAAAAGGGCACCUGAAGAAUGUACAAACAGGUGAAGUCUUUGCGCUUCUGCUUUCUCAUACACUUUAUACACACACACUUUUUGCAUUU